UUGACGAAGAGACCGAAGACACAAGCGUGCGUUUGAGCGAAUGGGGCAAUGGGCUUUGACUUGGGGCUUUUGUCCUUCAAUGCACCAAACUUGAGUCUUGUUUCUCCUCCCUUUUCUCACUAUUCUCCUAGAAUCUUCCUUAGUUUUUGUGGAAUAAUGGUAGUAGAAGAAGGAAGCUUUUUCAACAAGGAUGUUCUAGUAAUAAAGGCUCAGAAGAAAUCACCACUUGUAUUGAGGAUGUCAGUGUUGGUAUUCUCAAUGGUGUGUGGGGUUUUUAUUUGCUGUGUUUGUUUGAAGCAGAUAAGGACUCAAGCAAGGACUAAACUUUUGGAGUUACAAACCAUUCAGAACCCUUCUUCCCAGAGUGUACUGAAGAUAACAGAUACACACCUUCACUACCCUAACCCUGUCUCUUUUAAUAGGAAUGAGUGUGCUCGAAACCCUGUGCAUUUCUUUGCCAUAUUGUCAAACCAAAGGUCAGGGAGUGGGUGGUUUGAGACCCUUUUGAAUAGCCACAUAAAUGUGAGCUCAAAUGGGGAGAUAUUUUCUGUAAGAGAGAGAAGAAUGAAUGCUUCCACAAUUGUGAAGACUUUGGAUAAAGUUUAUAGUUUGGACUGGGUCAGUAGUGCUUCAAAGAAUGAGUGCUCUGCUGCAGUUGGCUUAAAGUGGAUGCUUAAUCAGGGGCUGAUGGAGCACCCCAAGGAAAUAGCAGACUACUUCAACCAUAGAAGUGUUUCUGUAAUAUUUCUUUUGCGGAGAAACUUGUUACGCAGAUUGGUAUCAACGCUGGCCAAUUCCUACGAUCGUUAUGCCAAGUUAUUGAAUGGGACUCAUAAGUCUCACGUUCAUUCCACAGAAGAGGCUGAUACUCUAUUACAGUACAAGCCUGCCAUAAAUUCUACAUCAUUGCUGACCAACUUGAAAGAUAUGGAGACAAGAGUUGCAAAGGCGUUAGAAUACUUCAGCACUACUCGGCAUAUGAUCCUGUACUAUGAGGAUCUUAUACGAAAUCCUACUGAGCUAAAACGUGUGCUAGACUUUUUAGGAUUGCCGCAGAUGGAGUUAACGAGCCGGCAGGUUAAGAUCCAUAGAGGACCGUUAUCCGACCACAUUAAAAACUGGGAAGAUGUUAACAAGACGUUGCAAGGAACCGCAUAUGAGAGUUUUCUCCAAGCUGACUAUUAAUUCAUGUAACCUCUUCUAACUCUUUUGGAAAGGUGUAAAUAUCAAGGACACUGAUUUCGUCCCGCCAAAGAGUUCGGAAGUUUCGCCGUUGGUAAGAAUGCUGCCGCCAUGUUGUGUUGCUUCUUUCUUUGACUGCCUCUAUCAAUUAUCUGUUGAUGAGUUGCAUGUCUUUUGUUAUUCUCGUUUGUCUUUUGGAUUGGUUAUUUAUAUUUUGUUCAUUCUUGUAUGACCUUUGUAAAUGCCAAAAUAAUUUCUCAGUAAAUUUCGUUCAA